AUGUCGGCUUAUUGUCUAGAUACUGUUCGGCCGCUUAUCCAUCUGCUAAACUGCAACCGUUUUGGUGCUGAUGGUGGCUUAGAGCCGGAAAUGUGUUUCUGUAUAUGGAAAAAAUUCAUAUACGAUGUUCGAAUGUUGUUUGUCAUAAUUAAGUCAGCAAAAUGCCAACAAAAGUAUUUAUUUCCACCACGCAUUGUUGAUAGUUUUGGUCAGCAGCAGUCAACUUCGUUGCGGUACCGUUCAGAAGAACUUAUACCAGGAACGGUUAGACUUCAGGCACACCUCUUCGAAAUUGCCACCGAAUCCCUGUUUGGUGUCAUGCCACGCGAGCGUGUCGAAUGCACCCUCGGCAACGUCUCCGACCCAGGAGAGGUCGCCCUGCACUCCACACUCGAAGCGUUUGUCUUCGGAUACCACGGUACAGAACUUGUUGCGCGCGGCAUCCAGCAGAAUGACUCCCGAUUCUACGACUUCACGUAUCUUGGGGGUGGACUGCGACUCCGGCAGGCGUACCAGCUGGACGUCCGCCGUGGGCACCGAGGCACCGGAUGCCUCGGGGUCACUGAACUCGUUGGAGAAGACGCUGCCGAUGCGCGCCCCGUGAACGAACUGAGCCAAUCGUUCCAGCACCUUCUUUUCGUCGAAAGUUUUGUGCGCAUCGCCUAA